AUGCAAAAACAAUAUUAUGUCUUCAGACGAAGUCCAUGGAGAAUCGAAGCAGAAAAUUGGUUCAUAGUCACAAACACAGUGAUGCUGGAAUGUCCGAAGUCUAAAAGGCAAAAGAAAAAUUCAAUUGAAUACGAUGAGCGAUUCUCGUGGUUGAAAUCACCACUGGAAAAAGCAACAGAAAAAGUUUUCAUAUGGAAUUUUGCAGUGGUUUUCACAUCACAAAUUUACUAA